AUGUCACCCACAGUUGCUCGCUUAUUGCCAGAAGAUUACGUUUAUUUUGGGCAGAAAAAGUGUCAGUUUGUAAAAGAAUAUAUUUGUGAUGGAGGAAUUGGUUAUUAUACUGCUUUAGAUCUUGCAAGGAGAGGAGCCAAAGUUAUUAUGGCAUGUCGAAAUCUGAUAAAAGCAAAUGAGGUUAAAGACCAAAUCCGGAAGUUAUCUGGCAACGAAAAUGUUGUGGUGAAACAUUUGGAUUUAUCAUCAUUAAAAAGUGUUCGAAAUUUCGCUAAGGAAAUAAUUGCAAGUGAGAAUCGAUUAGAUAUACUCCUGAACAAUGCAGGUGCUGGUGAACAGCCAAAUCAAAAAACAGAAGAUGGGCUUGAAUUGGAAUUGCAAAACGCUGAGGAAGGAGCUCAAACAUCAAUUUAUUUAGCAGUGAGUGACGAUGUGACCAAAAUAUCAGGAAAAUAUUUUUCCGAUUGUGAGGAAGCGACUGCAGCGGAAAUCACGCACGACCCUGAAAUUGGAAGAAAGUUUUGGGAGAAAUGUUGCAUCCUUGUGGGCCUCAAACGAGAAGAGUACCUCAUGUAA